GAGAGAGAGAGAGAGACUCCGCUCCUCAUCAGCAUCACUCCUCUCUCACGGCGGGAAUCCUCCUCUUCCUCCUCUUCGUCCUCUUCGUCCGCGGCGCGAUGCGUGAUGGGUCAGGCGUGCGGACACUCGCUGCUCUGCCGUAGCCAGCAGUACCGGAGCCCGGCGGCCGAUCUACUCGGACAGCAAGUGUUUCUGAGAGACACCGACAACACACCUGCUGCUGCGCUGCUCUCCCUACAGGAUGCAUUGCUGCAGUUGGCCUCCGUUGUUGACGUCAGCAGCCUUCAGACGACCAUCAAAGAUGUGCUCAGAGUUGUCCUGCCAAACGUGGAGUGUGUGUUCGUUUACCUGUUGGAGGCGGAGUCUCGGCUGCGAUGUGAGGAUCCGCCCCACGAGGUGGCACCAGAGGGCAAGCUCAGAGACGUGGUGAAGCAGCAGAAGAGACUGCAGUGCUCCGGCCUGCCUUCAGCAGAACUCCAUCAGAAACAGAGCAGCUCGCUGAGCACCCCACUGCCUGCGCACAGACGAGCACUCAUCGUUCCUCUGGUGGAUGAAGGGAAGGUGAUCGCUCUGAUUCUGCUCUGCUGUAAACCACUGACAGAACAAGAUGAACAAACCCUCAACAUCCUGGAGAAACAUGUCACCGUGGCCUGUAAGCGUGUCCGAGACAUUCAGAGAUGCUCCAAACAGCCACACGUUCAAUCCCACAAUGCACCAGCGGAGCCCAAAGCCAGCGCACCGGCGGAGGACUACAGAGAGCUCGACCGCAAGAUCCUUCAGCUGUGUGGUGAGCUGUAUGAUCUGGACGCCGCCUCCCUGCAGCUCAAAGUCAUCAAUUAUCUGCAGACAGAAACUCAUUCUCAGUGCUGCUGUUUGCUGCUGGUUUCUGAAGACAAUCACCAGCUCUUCUGUCAGGUUGUCGGAGAUAAGGUUCUGGAAGAGGAAAUCAGUUUUCCACUUAUGUUCGGUCGCUUUGGGCAGGUGGUGGAGACAAAGAAAUCCAUUACACUGCAGGACGUCAGCCAGGAGGAGCGUGGUUUAUUGAGCAGUUUGUUGGGAUGCGAGCCGAGCUCCAUGCUUUGUGUUCCUGUCAUCAGUCAAGCCACCGGACAGGUGGUGGCGCUAGCGUGCACCUUCAACAAACUGGGCGGACGGAGGUACAUGGAGGCGGACGAGCACGUGAUCCAGCACUGUUUCUGUUACACCUCCACUGUUCUCACCAGCACCCUGGCCUUCCAGAAAGAACAGAAACUUAAGUUUGAGUGUCAGGCUCUGCUGCAGGUGGCUAAAAACCUCUUCACACACCUCGAUGACGUGUCUGUGUUACUGCAGGAGAUCAUCAUCGAGGCCAGAAACCUGAGCAACGCCGAGAUUUGUUCUGUGUUCCUGCUGGAUCACUUCAGUCAUGAGCUCGUAGCUAAAGUGUUUGACGGAGGAGUCGUGAACGAGGACGAGAAGGAGUUUCGUAUCCCGGCGGAUCAGGGCAUCGCUGGUCACGUUGCCACCACAGGGAAGAUCCUGAACAUCAAGGAUGCUUAUUCUCAUCCUCUGUUUUAUCGUGGUGUGGACGACAGCACGGGCUUCAGGACCAGAAACAUCCUCUGCUUCCCGAUCAAAGAUGAAAACGGAGAGGUGAUCGGUGUGGCAGAGCUGGUGAAUAAAACCAAUGGGCCGUGGUUUAAUCGCCGAUGAGGAUCUGGCAACGCGUUCUCCAUCUACUGUGGUAUCAGCAUCGCUCAUUCUCUGCUGUAUAAGAGGGUCCAUGAAGCUCAGUUCCGGAGUCAUCUGGCCAAUGAGAUGAUGAUGUACCACAUGAAGGUGUCUGAGGAGGAGGUCAGUAAACUCCUGCACAGCGGCAUCGAACCGGUCCAGAAGAUCCACCCGGACUUCUCUGAGUUCACAUACACACCUCGCUCUCUGCCGGACGACAACACGCCGAUGGGCGUCCUGAGCAUGUUUGAAGACAUGGGUUUCAUCAACACCUACAAGAUUGACCUGCACACUUUGGCCAGGUUUUGUCUGAUGGUGAAGAAGGGCUACAGAGAUCCUCCGUAUCAUAACUGGAUGCAUGCCUUCUCCGUCUCACACUUCUGUUAUCUGCUUUACAAGAACCUACAACUGUCCAACUACCUCGAAGAUAUAGAGAUCCUGGCGCUCUUCGUGUCCUGCAUGUGUCACGAUCUCGACCAUCGAGGAACCAACAACUCCUUCCAGGUGGCUUCGCAAUCUGUCCUGGCAGCCCUUUACAGCUCAGAGGGAUCUGUGAUGGAGAGACAUCACUUCGCUCAGGCCAUCGCUAUCCUGAACACACACGGCUGCAACAUCUUUGAGAAGUUCUCCAGAAAGGACUAUCAGCGGAUGCUGGAUCUGAUGAGAGACAUCAUCCUGGCCACGGACCUGGCUCAUCACCUGAGGAUCUUCAAGGACCUGCAGAAGAUGGCCGAUGCUGGUUUUAACCCGAGGAGUCAAACCCAUCGCAGUCUGCUGCUGUGCCUCCUCAUGACCUCCUGUGACCUCUCAGACCAGACCAAGGGCUGGAAAACCACCAGGAAGAUCGCGGAGCUGAUCUAUAAAGAGUUCUUCUCUCAGGGUGAUCUGGAGAAGGCGAUGGGGAACAGACCCAGUGAGAUGAUGGAUCGGGAGAAAGCCUACAUCCCUGAACUCCAGAUCAGCUUCAUGGAGCACAUCGCCAUGCCAAUAUACAAGCUCCUGCAGGAGAUUUUCCCGCGUUCGGCCGAGCUUUUCGAGCGAGUGGCGGCGAACCGUGAGCAGUGGGCCAAAGUGUCGCACAAGUUCACCAUCCGCGGCCUGCCGAGCAACAACUCGCUGGACUUUCUGGACGAGGAGUUUGAGCUGCUGCAGUCUCAAGGCGCCUUCGGAGACGACUCGCACCGCAUGAACGGUUGCCUGGACGACGACUGUGACAAACACGACCAAUGACGUCGCUAGGGCAAAGGUCACCCGAAGGAUUGCGUCUUGGUAAAAUUCCGUAGUUACCGACGAGGCUUUGAGGAAAGGUUCGUUGUCUCCGCUUUGCCGUUUGCGAUGGAGACGGGCUUUGCGCGAUGAAGAACGAUGGAUGGUGCUGCGCGUUCAGUGGAGUGUGUAAUGUUACGCGGACAUUUGGACUGAAAAAAUGUAGAUUCUCGAUGGCCCCGUAGUAAUAGCUAAACACUCUGUUCUAAAUUAAUAAUCAUAUUUCACCUAAACAACUUGUUGAAUGAAAUGUAACAAUUCCGGCAGCCAGGGGUUAACAUUUUUAAAAUCAGUGUUACAUCAGUGUUACGCUUUUAGAACCUGUAACACUUCCGGCUGCCUGGUGUAACAGCGUUACAUUUUUUAAACUUGUAACAAUUCCAGAAGCCUCGUGUUCUAAUUUUAAAGCCUAUAAUAAUUUCGGCUGCUUGGUGUUACAUUUUGUACAACUUGUAACACUUCUGGCUGCCUGCUGUAACAGCGUUACGUUUUUAAACUUGUAACAAUUCCAGAAGCUUUGUGUUCUAAUUUUAAAGCGUAUAAUAAAUUCUGCUGCUUGGUGUUACAUUUUGUACAACUUGUAACAACUCUAGCAGACCAGCGUUACAUUUCUAGAACUUGUAACAAUUCUGGAAGCUCAGUGUUACAUUUUAAAACUGGUAACAAUUCCAUCAUUCUGCCGUUACCUUUUUUAGAAUAUGUAAUGAUUCCAGCUCCCUGAUGUUACAUUUUUAAAACUUACUUGUAACCAUUCUGGCAGCAAAGUGAUUCAUUUUUAGACAAUUCUAGUAGCCCGGCGUUCCAUUUCUAGAAAUUGUAACAAUUACAGCAGCUGGUGUUACGUUUUUAGAGCUUGUAAGAAUUCCAGCGUUCUGAUGUUACAUUUUUAAAACUCGUAACAUUUUCAAAUUCCAGCAGUCCAAAUGUUACAUUUUCCGAAUGUGUUUUUCAGUGGUUCCCAUUUGGUUGCAGAAGCUCAUUUAACACGGAAGCCACUGUUUUCUUUUCAGCGUCCUCGGCGGACACAAAUUGCCAGACAAAACAAAUCUUUGGAUAAUUAAUCUUUUGCUUUCAACCUAUUCGGCCCCUCAGACGUCAGUUCUCCCUGUUUACACAGAAAAACGCAACACCACAACAUGUCUCCAUUGCCGAAAUCCCCAAAACCCAAAGCAAUCAUCGGGAAAUCUCAGUCAGGCGAGCAGCGAGCGAUUCGAGCGUGUGACGAGCGGCGUGAAAACACACGGACCCCGGAGUCCUUCCGAGGCAUCUGCUGGGUUCAGACGUGGAGGAACUUUUCCAAGCUCUGUACAUAUAGUCGUGUUUUAAAGGGCUCCACGGCCCUCACACUUUUCUUUCUCAGGAUGGCAGAAUGUGUGCGUCAAAUGGAUCUUGCCUUACAAAUGUUUGCGUUGCCUUCCUGAGGGACUGUAAAAGAGAUCUAUGUAUAAAAACGAUCGGCCUAUCUAUGUACAGUUCUGAAGCUACAUGGAUAUAUAGAGAUAUCUACUUGCCGUGUGUACAUGUGUGUUUGCACAGGUGUGACUGUACGUGCAUUUGCCAAAAUCUGCAAAGGACCACAAAACAAAGAGAGUGAUGUCAGUUUAAUAUUAACCUUUCACAAAAGCUAAAUCAAAAGAAUAAAACAACUCAAAUCAUAUGAUUCAAAAGCUUGUUUUUAAGA